AUCAGCUGGCCAUCGACAACAUAAACAAAGUCCAUCAGGAAUGCAGACCAUUUGUAUGAAACAAGCGCAUGUGUUAAUGUAUGCACAGCGCUUAUGUGUCCUGUGCAAGCAUGGAAUACCAGCAACUUCUCAACUCAUUAUUACUGCAAAUGUUAAUGGAGAGUUAGAUAGAAAUGCUAGACACUAUAGUCAAAUAACUGAUAACCAUGUCAAACCACCAAAAAAGGACAAACUUGAUGAUUUUGUUUAUAAUUUAAGAACUGCAAAAACCUAUCAAAAAACAAAUAAAUGGAAGCACAUUGCAAAAGAGACUAAACAUUUGAAAGUCAAUAAUUACAUAAAAUCAGGAAAAGUGAACUCAUCUGACAGUAAUAAGAAAGUAGCCAAUCAUCAGCAAGCACCAUAUAAUGAUAGGCAAAUGGAGAAGCAAGAUGCCCAGAAUGAAACUUCUUUAGAUUUUGUUAGUAGUCACACUUCAGCAGGGAAGGAUUUUUCAAGAAGUAUCAGUAAUCAGUCUUCAGUAAGAGAUUAUGAUUUGAGGAAACAGAAAAGCAUUGGAGAUCAGCAACACUGUCCUGAGUCUACAACAGUGCUCCAAGAGCAUAAGCUACCAAAACAAGCUCCAUUAGAAUUGCAGGACAGACUGAAAGAGAUAUAUAUCCAAGUACCGGUACCUCAAAAUAAACCAAAGAAUAUAAGCAAAGCUGAAGAAUCAUUUCUACUUGAAAUGAUAUGUCUUAAAGAAAUGAGAAAAGCCCUUUUUGAAGUAGAAGAAUAUGUAAGAAAGGAACAAUAUCCAUCAUUUGCUAUAUUGAAACAAUUAUGUGCGUGGGCCUCUGUUGAAGGGGCUUUAGAUGAUGUGAAGAGAAUUAAGAAUAUGACUCGAAAUAGGUAUCCCAGGCAGUACAAAUCUCAUUUGUAUUUCGAUGCCUAUUUUGCAAGUGCCUUGUAUUGUGAAGGAAAACUGAAAGAAAGCUUGGAUGUUCUUUAUAAACUAUUUGUUAAUCAUCCCAAACAAAUCAAGAAGACAAAAGAUACAGCUGCAUUUAUACUUUCAAAGGUGAUGGAAAUGGGUGAUGAAGACCAGGAGAUAUUGGUUCUCUCCUUUGUCACAAAUUUAGCAAAAGAACAUAAUCAGCUAGGACCAGCCUUGGCACUAUGGCGAGCGGGAUUCUGCAGCCCAAGACAUCGUCAUCAUGUGAUGGUUAAUAAUUUGAUAGAGCAGCAUCCAGAUUUAAUUGAACAUUUACAUAGAAAAUUAACAAGUGUAAUAAAUGAAGCAUCUUCAAAUGGAGAUAAAGAUCUUUUGCACAGAACACUACAGCUGGUUCUCUACCACAAUAUUUCUGACUUUUAUGCUCCUGCAACCAGUGCCUUAUUACAACAUCAGUGUGAAUUGGGUGAUCUCGCAGGAGCUGAUGAGACCCUCAGAUUUGCACAAACCAUGAAAGUGCAGCUGAAGCCUGAUGAACUACAGAGGUUCCUGAAUCUUCUGAACCAUCACAAACGCCCUGCUCCACUCACCAUCCUUAGGUUAAAGUACGGCCGGGCACCUGCAGAACCUCCGUCAGUGCCCAGAGCACCUAAGUUUGAGUAUAAAUUCUAACAGUGAUAUACAGGUAAUGUUUAAGCUUUUUUUUUUUUUCUUCAUCAUUUCUUUUCUUUUCUUUUCUUUUAUAUCGGUGAAUAUAAAGUUUAAAGAAUAAUGUUACUAUUUCUGACAUUGGCAAAUGUUUUUUUCUAUUUUUGUAAUUAUUUUUGAUUGGUUGUAUUUGUCUAUUAUUUUUAUUAUUUUUGAUUGUGGUCAUUAUCCUCUUUUUCAUUAUUAUUGAUGAGAUAAUAUGAAUUUAUUUUAUAGUAUGUUUUGGCUUCAUCAGAGGACAUUAACAUACUACUUAACAUAAGGUUUUGGUGUCUUUUCUUGUUAGAUUGUUAUAAAUAUAUAUACUUCUUAAAAAUGUAUCAAUAGCAGUUGAAUAUCUAUAUUUUUAUUCAAAUAUUAGAAAGAUAACAUGCAUUGUUUCAAAGAUCACUGCAUUUUUAUUAUUAAAAGAGUAACAGA